AUGGCCGGCCUGGGGCGGCCGGGCCCGGCUCCCCGCGUCGUGCUUCCCGCCUGGAAGCGGGAGAUUCUGGAGCGCAAGCGCGCCAAACUGGCGGCCCUGGGCGGGGGCGCGGUGCCCAAUUCCGAACCCGCGUCUGGGACGGCUGGAGCGGCGGAGUCCGCGGCGCCGGCGGAAGAGCGGCUAGUGGUGGCUGAAAGUCUGGGCCCGUUGCGUGAGAACCCUUUCAUGAGGCUCGAGUCGGAGCGGCGACGCGGGCGGCGGGUCGGCAUGCCGGGGGCGCGGGCGGAGCCGCCCCUGCUGGAGUUGUGCGUGCCGGGGUUGCGCACCAUCCGCGCCGACAACAUCCUCAUCAUCGAGUCAGCGCCCGGCUUCGCGCCCGCCCCCGCGCCGUCCGGCAGCGCUGCCGCCGCGGAGAUACGCGCUGCCGAGGUGCUGGUGUACGAGGCGGCGCCGGCGCCGGGCCGCGUCAGCCGGCUAUUGGAGAAGUUUGACUCGUCGGCCGGUGCAGCGUCGCGCCGCCACAGGAGCCCCGAGCGCCCCCUGCGAGCCCGCCCGCCGUCGCCGCCCGUGGUGCCAAAACCACCACCGGAGACCCCCGCUCCGCCGGCCGCCCCUCGCGUGGGCGAGCGCGCUGCCUGGUUCGAGCGCGAGCACCGUGGCGAGGGUGCUGGUCCCAGUGCCCGGCGCGGCGAUUUCUUGAAGAAAACCGGCAGCAACUCGUUCAUCGUCCACCCCCGGGGCCUGGGCACGCGCCCUCUCCAUAACGGGUCCACCACUUCUGAGCCCCGGGCCAGCCCUGCCAACGGCGCAUUGAGCCCCCGUACGGGGCCUGUGCCCCUGAGAAUGACCCAGAGCUCGGGCGAGUGGAAGCCAAAGGUGGAGUCGGGGGCUCUCCCCCUCCACCCGUCCCCCAGUCCCGGAACCCCCAGUGCCACUGUAGCCGUGCCUCUGGCCCUCCUCACACCCAGCCUUGCCAGUGCCACUCCUAGCCAGCGUCAGUGGGUCUCAGCGGCCACCAGCGCCAACGACUCCUUUGAGAUCCGACCUGCCCCUAAGCCAGACCUGGAGACCAUCCCGGCGGGGGACCUCCAGGCUCGAGCCCUGGCCAGUCUCCGUGUCAACUCCCGAAACUCCUUCGUGUUCAUUCCCAAGCGGAAAACUUCCGGAGUCGGUUCUCCCGAAGGGAGGCAGACCCUGCAACAGCCAAAGGGAGGAGUGGGCUGGACCUCACAGCCCCGGGAGCUCGGAGGCCAGCUGGUGCCUGCAGUGGAUGGUGUGCCUGCCUGCCAGAGGAGCCCCGUGGGGGCUGAGGCACCUUGGGCAGUGGAAGAGAUUGGCUCCCCCAGGCCAGCCACUGCCCUUGUAGACAGGGCACUUAGGUGGCCGAGACCCUUGUCACCACCUCCCUCCAUGCCGGCUGCCACUGAAGCUGAGCCUGUCCGGGCCUUCAGGGAUCCCGGCCUGGCCACAAAUGGCCAGGAGCCUGGAGGACCGGGGCUCCCAGUCACCUUCAUUGAUGAGGUGGAUUCCGACGAGGAGAAUUUCCAGGAAACCAAAUUACCUCCCUGGUACUGUCCACACCCUACCAAGUUUGAGGACUCGCUAGGUCCCAAGCCCCAUGGUGGCACCACCUUUGUGGUGGUGCCCAAGAGGAAGCCAGGGGCCCUGGAGGAGCAGCGCUCAGACCAGGGUAGUGGUGAAGCCCAGCAAGAAGCUGAGGAGCAGGCCGACAGCCCCGUGGGACCCCACGUCACCCUGGGGACUGUGCUCAAGAAGCGCUACCCCACUGUCCACGAGAUCGAGGUGAUCGGUGGUUAUCAGGCCCUGGAGAAGUCGUGCCUCACCAAAGCUGGGUCCUCAAGAAAGAAGAUGAAGAUCUCCUUCAACGACCAGAGCCUGCAGACCACAUUUGAGUACCCCUCAGAGAGCUCCCUGAUUCAGGAGGAGGAAGAGGAGGACGGAGCGUCGGACGGCUCAGAGGGGCUGACCCAGGAGAACCCUUUUUGUCUCUUCCUGCCUCGGGCCACCUUUGUGAACAGCGUGGGACCUGAGAGCUCUCAGGGCAGCUCAGCUCUGUCCAGCUACACCCCAAAGCACUCGGUGGCCUUCAGCAAGUGGGAGGAGCCAAGAGUGGAGGCAGCUCCUGGUGAAGUGGGACCCCUUCCCAAGGAGAUCAUGCUCACGCCCGCUGGCCAGGACGACCUCUCGGACUUCCGCAGCGAGCCAGCUCUCUAUUUCUGA